GGCCGGACCCGGCCGGGUUAGGAGGCAGGAAAUGGCGGCGGUGCUGCAGCAGCAGCUGCCGGGCCCUCCCGCUCCGCAGUGCCGGGCCCAGGCUGCCUAGAGCCGCCGCGCCAGCGCCGGGCCCGGGCCGCAGCCUCGCCGGGCCGGUCUCCGAGCACUUUACAUACAUGAGAGAAUUGGAAGCUAAAGCUACCAAAGAAGUCGAAAGAAAACUAAGCAGGGCUGUCCUGCCUCAUUUAUGUGGAGCUGAGAGAAGGGAUUUAGUGCAAGAAGAGGAAGAACAGUUGAUGGAAGAAAGGAAAAAGAGAAAAGAAGACAAGAAGAAGAAGGAAGCUGCUCAGAAAAAGGCCAUUGAACAAAAAAUCAAAGUGCCAGAACAAACCAAGACAAGCUCAAGCCAGCCUCAGCCCCUCGCCUCUGCCGGCACUUCCCCAGUAACCAGCAGCAACAAUAAUGCCAAGCGGGCCCCAGCCAGCAGCCAGCAGCAGCCCUCGCCUCGGUACCCUCCUCGGGAAGUGCCGCCUCGAUUCCGCCACCAGGAGCAGAAACAGCUGCUGAAGAGAGGGCAGCAGCUGCCAGGCAUCGCUGCAAACCUGGGAGCCGCUCCGAAGGCACUGGGCGGCCAGGCAGGAGGCGGCGCCGGCGCCAGUCAGCAGCCGGCGGCCAACGGAGAAGCGCCCAACAGCAGCAAAAAGCAGCCAGGCAUGCCUCCCAUUCGGGACUUGGUGAGCCACUCCCCUAACCAGUCAGAUCUGAACCACAGUGGUCUAGGAUCCCAUUAUGAAAAUUCUCACUGGGGACCAGUCUCUUCGAACAGUGACUCCAGCACAAACUGGGAUAAAGUUAUUGUAGACGGCUCUGACAAAGAAGCAUGGCCAUCAAUCACUGGCAGUGACCCAGAGCUGACAUCAGAAUGUAUGGACACUGACUCUGCCUCUAGCUCUGGGUCAGAGAGGAACCUGGUGAUCAUGGCUUCAGGGAGCGCAGGUGGUGACGGCGAAGGCAUUCGGAACGGCGUCGGACACGGUUCUCAGAACAAGUUUGUGGUUGGUAGCAACAGCAAUAAUGUGGGCAAUGGAAGUAUCAAUGGGCCCUGGGGCUUGUCCCAUGGAACCAUAAUAAGCACAUGUCAAGUUUCUGUGGAUGCUCCUGACAGCAAAUCUGAAAGUAGCAACAAUAGAAUGAAUGCUUGGGGCACCAUAAACUCUUCAUCAAAUGGAGGGUUAAAUCCAAGCACUUUGAAUUCAAAUGGCAACCAUGGUGCCUGGCCUGUAGUGGAGAACAAUGGACAUGCCCUGAAAGGGUCUGUAGGGAGUGGUAAUCCUGGCACAAGUAUUCAGUGCAGUACCAUAGGUCAGAUCUCUACCAGUCAGAGUAUUAGCUCCAAGGUGGGUGGCUCAGCCCAUGGUUCCUGGGGAAGCCUUCAGGAAAGCUGCGAUGCUGAAGUCAAUGGUACAAGGAAGGUUUCAUUCAGUGGGCAACCUCAAAACCUUAACACUGAAAUGAAUGGACCAAAUAACACUAACUUUAUGACCUCUAGUUUACCAAACUCUGCUGGUUCAGUGCAGAUGAACGAGCUGCCCAGUAACGCAGGGCACGGGGCCUGGCGCUUGAGCACAAUGAACCACCCUCAGAUCCAGGCCUCCCCGCUUCCAAACGGCACUUCCAUGGCUCACCUGAGCAACGGGGAGGCCAAGACUGGCGGCUCUUACGGUACUUCCUGGGGUGCCUAUGGUUCUAGUUACUCUGGAGACAAAUGUCCAGGCCCCAACAGCCAAGCUAAUGGUGACACUGUGAAUGCAACUCUAAUGCAGCCGGGCGGCAGCGGGCCUGGCAGCACUAACUUUCAGCUCAACGGGAGUAAAGCAGGAGGGGUGUGGGAGGCAGGGCCAGGCGGCUCCCAGAACGUGCCCUGGGGAAGUGGAAACGGCGGAGGCGCCGGCGGGAGUCGAAGAGGGUGGGGAGGCCCUGCCCAGGCCGGCGGCGGCGCCGUUGCCAACGGGGAGUGGAGCAAAGCGCCCAGCGGUCAGCACUCCGGCGAGAGCGCCGGCGGCAGGAAGUUUACAAACGGCUGGAAGCCUGCUGAGGAGGACGAGCUCGGCGGCCAGGGCCCCGCCGCCCCUCAGCUGCCGGAGCAGGGCAGCGCCUGGGCCAAGGCCGGCGCAGGGGACGGCGAGGGCGGUUCAGAGAGCACUGGAUGCCACGAGGAGAGAGGCGGCGCGGAGGGGCAGAGCCGCGAGAGGAGGAAGGUCGACCAGCACGCGCUGCUCCAAAGCAUAGUGACCAGAACUGACCUAGACCCACGUGUCCUCUCCAACUCGGGCUGGGGACAGACUCCGAUCAAACAGAACACUGCCUGGGACACCGAGACGUCACCGAGGGGGGAGCGAAAAACUGACAAUGGGACAGAGGCCUGGGGAGGCUCUGUGACACAGACUUCCAGCUCAGGGGGAUGUGUGGAUAGACCUAGCCCUAAUAAUAAUGAUACCUCAUCUGUGUCAGGGUGGGGAGAGCCAAAGGCUGCCACAAGGUGGGGAGACUCCAAAGGGUCAAACAGCCAAGGGGGGUGGGAUGAAGAUUCUGCUGCUACAGUAAUGGUCAAGAGCAAUCAAUCGUGGGGAAGUGGCAAAGAGGAAAAGUCAUCUUGGAAUGACUCCCAGAAGCUCAAACAGGGAUGGGUAGAUGGGCAGAAGGCCAGCCAGGGUUGGGCAGUUUCUGCCGGCGAUAGCUGGGGUGAGAAUUCGAGAAGCAACCAUUGGGGUGAGUCGAAGAAAUCCAGUUCGGGAGGUAGUGACAGUGACAGAUCAGUGUCUGGUUGGAACGAGCCAGGUAAAUCGAGUUCUGCUCCCUGGGGAGGGAAUAACACAAACCCAAACAGCUCUGCAGCGUGGGAUGAGCCCGCAAAGCCUAACCAGAGCCAGGGCUGGGGAGAGCCUCCUAAAGCCAACCAGCCUCAAGUCUGGGGGGAUUCAUCAAAGCAAAUCAACUCUCCAGAAUGGAACAAACAAGAUGCUGGCUCUUGGGGGGCCCCCUCUGCCACGACCAAAGCCCCGGGGUCGGGCUGGCUGGGCGGGCCGAUGCCGGCAGCAGCGAAGGAGGAGGAACCCACGGGCUGGGAGGAGCCGUCCCCGGAGUCCAUCCGCCGCAAGAUGGAAAUUGAUGAUGGAACUUCUGCUUGGGGUGACCCGAGCAAAUACAACUACAAAAAUGUGAAUAUGUGGAAUAAAAAUGUCCCAAACAGUAGCAGCAGUUCAGACCAGCAAGCACAGGUACAUCAGCAGCUACUGUCUUCAAGUGCCAUGUCUAGCAAGGAGAGCGGUUCGGGUUCUGGUUGGGGAGAGCCUUCUACGCCAGCCACCACUGUAGAUAAUGGAACUUCAGCGUGGGGGAAACCCAUGGAUACUGGUACUAGCUGGGGAGAGCCCAUCAGCGAUGCAGCAGGCACCUCUGGCUGGGGAAAUGCUUCUCUUGGUCAACAGGCUUCAAAUAAACCUGGGCCUAAAUCUAUGCAAGAUAGUUGGUGUGGAGAUGAUAUGCCAUUGGCAGGCAAUCGUCAGACCAGCUGGGAGGAAGAGGAGGAUGUGGAGAUUGGAAUGUGGAACAGCAGUUCUUCACAAGAAGCAAACCCAUCUUUGAACUGGCCACCAUACAUGAAAAAAAUGCCCACAAAGGGAAUGAUGAAAGGUGGAAACAAGCAUGAUGAAGCAUGGAUCAAUCCAUUCCUUAAGCAAUUCACCAAUCUCAGUUUCUCAAGAGAAUCACCAGAAGAAACCAUACAGAGCAAUAAGAUGGACAUGUCUGGAGGGUUACUGCAGGAGAAGCGGCUGGAGCUGGAGAAGCACGGGCUGGGCGCUGGAGAUUACAACCGCGCGGUGGGGAAGGGCCCCGGCUCGCGCCCGCAGGUUCCCAAAGAGUCUUCCAUGGAGCGCGGUCCUUACUUCGAUAAGGAUGGCAUUGUAGCAGACGAGUCCCAAAACUUGCAGUUUAUGUCCAAUCAAAACCUGAAGCUUCCCCCUUCAAAUAAUGCACUACCUAACCAAGCCCUGGGCUCCCUAGCAGGGCUGGGUAUGCAAAACUUGAAUUCUGUUAGACAGAAUGGCAAUCCCAGUAUGUUUGGUGUUGGUAAUAUAGCAGCACAGCCCAGGAGCAUGCAGCAGCCUCCAGCACAACCUCUUAAUUCAUCUCAGCCUAAUCCACGUGCUCAAGUGCCUCCUCCAUUACUGUCCCCUCAGGUUCCAGUUUCAUUACUGAAGUAUGCACCAAACAACGGUGGCCUGAGCCCACUUUUUGGCCCACAACAGGUAGCCAUGUUGAAUCAACUGUCCCAGUUAAACCAGCUUUCUCAGAUCUCCCAGUUACAGCGGUUGUUGGCUCAGCAGCAAAAAGCCCAGAGUCGAAGCAUGCCUUCUGGUGGUCGUCAGCAGCAGGAGCAGCAGGGUCGAUCUCUUAGUAUGCAGCAACAGAUGAUGCAACAGUCCCGUCAGCUUGAUCCAAACCUGUUAAUGAAGCAGCAGACUCCACCCUCCCAACAGCAGUCACUCCAUCAGCCCUCCAUGAAAUCCUUCCUUGAGAAUGUCCUGCCCCACGCUACUCCUGAGCUGCAGAAAGGCUCUUCGCCAAUCAAUGCGUUCAGCAGCUUCCCUAUAGGCUUCUGUCCAAUAUCUACUUCAGAAAUUCCAGGAAUGAACUCAAACUUGAAUGUAAACCUGGACAUGAGCAGUAUUAAAGAGCCACAGUCUAGACUGAGGAAAUGGACUACAGUGGACAGCAUCUCUGUGAACACCUCGUUAGAGCAAAACUCCAGCAAACAUGGUGCUAUUUCAAGCGGUUUCAGGCUGGAAGAGUCUCCGUUUGUCCCCUAUGACUUCAUGAACAGCAGUAACUCACCAGCCAGUCCUCCUGGAUCGAUUGGGGAUGGCUGGCCCCGUGCCAAAUCGCCUAAUGGCUCUAGCAGUGUUAAUUGGCCACCAGAGUUCCGUCCUGGUGAGCCAUGGAAAGGUUAUCCAAACAUCGACCCUGAAACUGACCCUUACGUCACUCCUGGCAGUGUCAUAAACAAUCUCUCAAUUAAUACUGUGCGGGAAGUUGACCACCUCAGGGACAGGAACAGUGGGUCAUCCUCAUCUUUGAACACCACGCUGCCUUCAACUAGUGCCUGGUCAUCCAUUCGUGCCUCCAACUACAAUGUUUCCCUCAGCAGUACAGCACAAAGCACUUCAGUAGCCAGAAACAGUGAUUCCAAAUCAACAUGGUCUCCUGGAUCAGUCACUAACACCUCUCUGGCUCAUGAGCUGUGGAAGGUCCCUUUGCCACCUAAAAGCAUCACUGCUCCGUCCCGGCCCCCUCCAGGGCUAACAGGCCAGAAGCCACCGUUGUCCACUUGGGAUAAUUCCCUUCGUUUGGGUGGAGGAUGGGGGAAUUCUGAUGCCAGAUACACCCCUGGUUCAAGCUGGGGUGAGAGCAGCUCAGGGAGAAUAACAAAUUGGCUUGUUCUGAAAAACCUUACACCUCAGAUUGAUGGCUCAACCCUGCGUACUCUGUGCAUGCAGCACGGCCCACUAAUAACAUUCCACCUUAACCUCCCGCAUGGGAAUGCUUUGGUCCGUUACAGUUCAAAAGAAGAGGUAGUGAAGGCACAAAAAUCUCUGCACAUGUGUGUUUUAGGGAACACUACCAUCCUAGCUGAGUUUGCCAGUGAAGAGGAGAUCAGCCGCUUCUUUGCACAAGGCCAGUCCCUGACUCCGUCUCCUGGCUGGCAGUCUCUGGGGUCCAGCCAGAGCCGACUCGGAUCCAUGGACGGUUCCCACUCGUUCUCAAACCGUAAUGAUCUAAAUCACUGGAAUGGUGCUGGGCUGUCGGGAACUAGCAGUGGAGACCUUCAUGGCACUUCACUUUGGGGGAGCCCCAACUAUUCCACGAGCCUGUGGGGCACCCCGAGCAGCAGUGACACCCGGGGAAUCAGCAGCCCGUCCCCCAUCAACGCUUUCCUUUCUGUUGACCACCUAGGUGGAGGUGGAGAGUCCAUGUAAAAACCUUCCCCCUUCUCCUCUCCCC